AUGGAUCCAUCAUCAUCUCCUACCUUGGACGAGGUGCUCCCUCAUCGCGGUAGAGCCUCUUCUGAUGGUGCCAUCACCUAUGCAUCUCCCGUCUUGACCGUCCCCGACUCUCCCGGAAGCGACUCUUCGGGUCAGCAAACUGCUUUCGCUCCAGAUCACCCUCUUCCAAUCGAGCUGCCUGCCACUGCCCAUGAUGGCACGCAAGAACCCACUUCUGACGACGAAGAAAGCUCUGACUCCGGCUCUGGCUCGGGUUCUGGUUCGGGCUCUGGGUCGGGGUCUGAUACGCCUAGCCAAACUGCCUACAACAUCCGCUACGAUGAAUUCUUUGACUAUGAUGAUGAUGACGAGUGGGACGCAAGGAGACGUCGCCGAUCGUGGAGAGACUACGAGAUGUGGAAGGCUUGGGAAGAAGGAAGAUUCCACGUCGAGUACGAGGAGGAGGAUGCGGAAGCAUCAAGACUUCGCACCUCGGUCAACGGUGUCUUGAUCACGGCCGACAACGCGCAGGCCGCCUACUCUCCUGCGGCGUGCAUCUUUGUGGCCAAUCUGAAUCGCACCUGCACCAGAGCCGAACUACUGCACGACCUUAGAGAAACUUUUCAGAGUAUCGGCGAAUGUUGGAUCAAAGUCCGUUUCGAUAGCAAGAACAUUCCCGUCGCCUUUGUGCAAUACAAGACCGAAGCAGAAGCCGCGACGGCUGAUGAACGUUUCCACGGAGUUAACAUCUGCGGACGCCCCUGCCGCAUCGAACACGCCAGAGCCCAUCGCACCGUGUAUGCUUCCCGCCGCGACCAGCAGGAACCCACUCUCGCUGAAAUCAUGCACAAUCUUCGUCUCUUCGGCGACAUCGAAGAGUGGUGGACGCCUUCCUUCACCGAAAGAGCCAUGUAUAACCUGCCGCUCGGCGCUUUCUACCGUUUCCGUCUCUUCCAGCCCUGCCAGGAAGCUCUGAGGGCUCUUCGUAACGACGAGACGUACUUGUACAGACUCGCUCAAGUCGACAUGCGCGAACCCGCUCCCACCGCCUAUCCUACCAUCUACCCUGAAGUCGUCCCCAAUGCCAUCUACGUCGGCGACUUGCCGUUCCAGGUCAAUCAAGAGCAUCUUCGCAUGAUCUUUGCUUGUUAUGGACACAUCAACAGCGUGGACGUCCGCAAGAUUCACAGAAAGGGCAUUGCAUUUGCGUUCGUGUACUUCGCUGAAGUCUACUCCGCCAUUUCCGCUUGCCAGUUUCCCUAUGUCUACGUCUACGGCAACCAUGUGGCACGAGUGGAACCCAAGCGCAUCAAACACGGCCGCCGUUUCCAAGAGGCUCAGGUCUACAAUUACUACGACCACAUGCCAGGUCCCUUCUUCCGUGGUGGACCUGACUACACCUUCAACCCUGGAUCUUACGGCACUCCACGUUACAUGCCUCCUGGCAACUGGGGUCCACGCCAGUAG